AUGUGGGGAACAAGCGUGCCCCACGACAUACGCAAAGGCAGGAACCCAUGGCACAAUGAAGAGGAGGAGCGCCAGAGGCGAGAAUCAGAAACAGACGUGACUGCUAAUACCAGCCCCGAUGGCGAGCCAACCAACCUGGAAGGAACUUGGGGGGAACGUGAUGCCGGCCACAUGAAUGAAAUUAUGGCUAUGGAAGACUUCGAAGCGCUUCGAAGGAAUUUGUCCAAUUUAUCGAGAUCGCGAUCCCACAAGACAGAACGAUCAGAUGGCCUCAGUGGCAUCAUCAGUCGCAGAAGCAACCGAAUGUCGAACCUACAGCGACCUACAACAGCUGGGACAGAAGACUCGGAGCGCGGAGGAAAGAUAUUAGACAAGGACGACGACUUUCAACUGCACGAUUUCAUGCGCGAGGGCCAUUUCGAGAAGCGCCAAAAUGGAGAAUCGGCCAAGAAGGUUGGCGUCACCUGGAAGAACCUGACUGUCAAGGGCGCAGGAUCGACGACAGCUUUCGUCAGAACACUCCCUGAUGCUGUUAUUGGGACCUUUGGACCGGACCUCUACAAAAUCAUAUCCGGGUUUAUCCCAGCGUUGAAGCUAAAGAAGCAUGUGGAGACGCGGACCCUUAUCCACGGCUUCUGCGGUGUGCUCAGGGACGGAGAGAUGAUGCUGGUAUUAGGACGGCCCGGCUCUGGUUGCUCUACGUUCUUGAAAGCCAUCGCAAACGACCGAGAAACCUACGCGGAAGUUACUGGUGACGUCCACUAUGGAGGCAUAUCAGCCGAAAAGCAACAUAAGCAAUUCAAAGGGGAGGUCAAUUAUAACGCCGAGGACGACGUCCAUUUCGCGAACAUUUCAGUCGAGAACACUCUACGUUUUGCUUUAAUCAACAAGACGAAAAAGGGUGAAAAGGGAUCAAUCCCGAUCAUCGUGAAUGCUUUGAUGAAAAUGUUCGGAAUCUCCCAUACUGCCAAGACCCUAGUAGGCGACGAGUAUGUGCGAGGAGUCAGUGGUGGAGAACGGAAACGAGUCUCCAUCGCCGAAACACUUGCCACCAAAUCGACCCUAGUUUGCUGGGAUAAUUCCACUAGGGGUCUCGACGCGUCUACCGCUCUCGAUUAUGCGAAGUCUCUGCGUGUCAUGACAGACGUAAGCAAUCGGACCACGCUCGUCACCCUAUACCAGGCUGGAGAAGGCAUUUACCAACAGAUGGACAAGGUCCUUGUAAUUGAUCAGGGGCGAUGUGUCUUUCAAGGGAAUGCUGGAGAGGCCAAGCAAUACUUCAUCGACCUUGGGUUCCACUGCCCGGAACGGCAAACAACAGCAGACUUUUUGACUGCAGUAACAGAUCCUUCAGAACGCCGAUUUCGGGAAGGAUACGAAGACAGGGCCCCAAAGACACCAGAGGAUCUAGAAAAGGCAUUCAGAUCUUCCACGCAUUACCGGCAGAUCCUUAAGGAUAUUGCAGACUACGAAAAAGAUCUCGAGGAUUCGAAUUUCGUCGACGCGAAGGAAUUCGAAAAGGCAGUCCGAGAAAGCAAAAGCAAAACCGUGCAGAAAAAAUCAAGCUACACCGUCAGCUUUGUACGGCAGGUUGUUGUGUGCACACAACGAGAAUUCUGGUUGACUUGGGGUGAUAAAACUACUCUGGCCACAAAGUUCUUCAUCGUCAUUUCGAAUGCCUUGAUCGUAGGCAGUCUAUUCUUUGGAGAGCCGCUAGAUACCUCCGGUGCAUUCACUCGAGGAGGUGCUUGCUUCUUCUCCAUUCUCUUCCUCGGAUGGCUUCAGCUCUCAGAACUCAUGAAGGCUGUCUCUGGACGCGCUGUCGUUAAGCGCCAUCACGAUUAUGCCUUCUACCGUCCUUCAGCAGCUAGUAUCGCACGGGUAGUGCAAGAUUUCCCACUUCUUCUCGUCCAAGUUGUGAUAUUUUGCCUUAUCAUGUACUUCAUGUCGGAGCUAGAUGUAACAGCCUCCAAGUUCUUCAUCUAUCUCUUAUUCGUCUAUACCACGACUAUAUGCAUCACGUCAUUAUACCGAAUGUUUGCAGCAGUAUCACCGACGAUCGACGACGCAGUUCGAUUCAGUGGACUUGCGUUGAACCUUCUGAUCGUAUAUACCGGCUACGUUAUUCCAAAACAGCAGCUCAUCUCCCAAUACAUCUGGUUCGGCUGGCUGUAUUACGUCAACCCCAUUUCCUACGCUUUCGAAGGUGUCAUUACGAACGAGUUUUCCGGUCGCAGUAUGCAAUGCGAUCGUUCUCAGUUAGUUCCACAAGGCCCUAGUAUUGAUCCUUCUCGUCAAGGCUGCUCUUUGACUGGUGCUGGAGUCGACGCUCACACAGUCACCGGAAGCGACUAUCUUCAGACGACGUUUACAUACACUCGAAGCAAUCUCUGGAGAAACUUCGGUGUCAUUAUUGCAUUCACCGUUCUAUAUAUCCUUGUUACCGCACUUGCAGCCGAAAUUUUCUCCUUUGCUUCCGGUGGAGGGGGAGUGCUGAUCUUCAAGAAAUCAAGAAAGACCAAGAAAUCCCUCCGGCAGUCUCCCGCUGAUGAAGAGAAAGUGGUGUCUGGGGAUCGGGUCGACAGCACCUCAAGCGGGCAGACUAUGACGCAGGAGCAAGCGAAGGAUGAAACGCUUCAGCACAUCACCAAGAGCGAAAGUGUCUUUACAUGGGAAAAUGUCGAAUACACUGUCCCAUAUCAAGGCGGCGAACGCAAAUUGCUGAACAAAGUAAGCGGGUACGCCAAACCAGGAGUAAUGGUAGCCCUCGUAGGAGCUUCUGGAGCAGGCAAGACUACGUUACUCAAUACUUUGUCCCAACGCCAGAAAAUUGGAGUCAUUGCUGGCGAUAUGCUGGUCGAUGGUGGACCUCUGGGUCGGGACUUCCAGCGGGGUACUGGAUUCUGCGAGCAAAUGGACCUCCACGAUCAGACGGCAACGAUCAGAGAGGCUCUCGAGUUUUCUGCCAUCCUCCGACAAGACAAGGAUGUUCCACGCAAAGAGAAAUUGGCUUAUGUAGACAAUAUCAUCGACCUGCUGGAACUCAACGAUCUCCAAGAUGCAAUCAUCUCGAGCUUAGGCGUCGAGCAGCGUAAGAGGUUGACGAUUGGCGUCGAAUUGGCCGCAAAGCCAUCGCUACUCCUCUUCCUGGACGAACCUACUAGUGGACUCGACAGCAACUCAGCCUACUCGAUCGUCAGAUUCCUCAAGAAACUGGCUAGUGCGGGGCAGGCAAUUGUUUGUACCAUCCAUCAGCCAAGCUCAAUUCUGAUACAGCAAUUCGACAUGAUCCUAGCCCUCAAUCCAGGCGGAAACACGUUCUACUUCGGUCCUGUAGGGGAGAACGGCAAGGAUGUCAUCAAGUAUUUCGCCGACCGUGGAGUUCAGGCUCCCCCAAACAAAAAUGUCGCCGAAUUUAUACUGGAAACUGCAGCUAAACCUAUGAAGCGACCUGACGGGACGAGAAUCAACUGGGACAAGGAAUGGAGAAACUCGGAGAAUAACGCAGAGGUAAUGAAGGAAAUUGAACGACUCAAGAGCACAAGAGGCCGGACUCGGGGAGAAGAGGGCGCUCAUGAAGAACGCGAGUUCGCGGCGUCCGUUUGGCUUCAGACGAUCAUGCUAACCCGUCGCAUCUUUACUCAAUACUGGAGAGACCCAUCCUACCUCUACGGCAAACUGUUCGUCGCCGUCAUCAUCGGUAUCUUCAACGGCUUCACUUUUUACAUGCUCGGCAACUCAAUCGCAGACAUGCAAAACCGCAUGUUCACCUCCUUCCUAAUCAUCCUCAUUCCACCAACGAUCGUCAACGGCGUCGUUCCCAAAUUCUACCAGAACAUGGCCCUCUGGCAGGCGCGCGAGCUCCCAUCUCGCAUCUACGGCUGGGUCGCCUUCUGCACCGCUCAAAUUCUUGGCGAGAUCCCCAUCUCCAUCGUCUCCGGGCUGCUCUACUGGCUCCUUUGGUACUACCCCGCCGGCUUGCCCACCGACUCUUCAACAGCCGGCUACGUCUUCCUUAUGAGCAUGCUCUUCUUCCUCUUCACAUCCAGCUGGGGCCAGUGGAUCUGCGCCUUCGCACCGUCUUUCACGAUUAUCAGCAACGUGCUGCCCUUCUUCUUCGUCAUGUUCUCCCUCUUCAACGGCGUCAUCCGACCCUAUUCCCAGCUGUCGGUGUUCUGGAAGUACUGGAUGUACUACGUCAACCCGUCCACCUACUGGCUUGGCGGUGUGCUCGCGGCAACGCUUGACGGUAUCCCGAUCUCCUGCAAGCCCAGCGAGACGGCCCGCUUCACGCCUCCGUCUGGCAAGACUUGCAUCGACUAUGCUGGCACUUUCGUCGCCAAUUCGCCGGGUUACUUCAUCGACCCUAAUGCGACGGACGUGUGCAUGUAUUGUCCCUAUAGCUCGGGCAAUGAUUACCUCUCGACGCUUAACAUCAAGGCAAGCGAUAAGUGGCGCGAUUUUGGGAUCUUCCUCGCGUUUUGCAUUAGCAAUUGGGUGCUAGUGUAUUUCUUCAUCUGGGCGGUCAGGAUUAAGGGGUGGAGCUUCGGGUUUGGGGCUGUAGUGAGGGGGGCUGCGAAGGUGAAGAACGCGGUGACGAAGGAAGGGGGUGAGAAGGAGCAGAAGUGA